AACAAGGCUAAAUCCCUGACACGGAUGAAAAUUAAAUUAGAGAAAAGUGAAGGUCCUUCAAGGAGUUGGUGGUAACCUCACUGGAGAGAUACUGCAAAGUUAGUGUAACAGCGGGAACAUGAAGCUGCCACUCCUGGUGUUUAUUGUGUAUCUGCCAUGGUUGAAAGAUUGUCGCUGUGCACCUACUUGGAAGGACAAAGCUGCUGUCCAUGGAAGCCCGAAGGGUUUUUCUGAGCCUGGCGAUACAGAUGUUGGUGAAGAGGUGAAGAAGGCUUUGAUUGGUAUGAAGCAGAUGAAAAUCACGAUGGAAAGGAGAGAGGAGGAACAUACUAAUCUAAUGACAACCCUGAAGAAAUGCAGAGUGGAAAAACAGGAGGCCCUGAAACUUAUGAACGAAGUUCAAGAACAUCUGGAAGAGGAAGAAAGGCUGUGCCAGGAGUCUUUGACAGAUUCCUGGGACGAAUGCAAGUCUUGCUUGCAAAGUGACUGUGUGAGAUUUUAUACAACCCACCAACCUAGUUGGUCCUCUAUGGGAAAUGUGAUUGGACAGUUUUUUAGGAAGAUAUAUCAAUUCCUGUUUCCUCUCCAUGAAGAGAAGGAAAAAGAGCUCCCUGUCGCUGAAAAGGUCCUGGAGGAAGAUGCACAAGUGACCCAAAUAGAGCACAUGUUCAGCCAACUGACUGUGGACGUGAGAUUUCUCUUUAACAGGAGUUUUAACGUCUUCAAACAGAUGGAGCGAGAAUUUGACCAGGCUUUUCGGUCAUAUUUCAUGUCAGAUACAGAUGUAAUCGAGCCUUACGUUUUCCCAGCUUUAUUCAAAGAGCCAACCAAAAAAGCUGAUGUCGUGCAGAGCUGGGACGGUCCCGGCCUCUUCCAGCUGUUUUGUGAUUUCAGUCUCUCCGUUUACCGAAGUCUCAGUACCACCGUCACUGAGACACUGAAUGCCAUGGAGGACCGGCCAAAACACCAAGACGCUGACCCUGGAGGCCUGAGUUCAAAGACAGUGCCGUGUGGAGAACUUGGCCAGAAUUCGUCAGAAUGUUUCCACUGUCAUGCAAGAUGCCAAAAAUGUCAGGAUUAUCUAUGGGAAGACUGUCCUGAUGUACCCGAACUACACACAAAAGUAGAUGAGGCCCUUAAAUUGGUCAACAUAUCCGAUCAGCAGUACGUGCAGAUUCUCCAGGUGACUCAACAUCAUCUGGAGGACACUGCGUAUCUGAUGGAGGAGAUGAGAGAGGAAUUUGGCUGGGUGGCUGAACUGGCAAACCAGACUCCAGGAACUGAGAGCACCUUCAGUUCCAGAAAGGUAGUUCCAGGUGUUCACCAAGGAAACGUUUCCAAACAAGAUGAAACGAUGAUAGACUUAAGCAUUCUGCCUUCCCCCAAUGUCACACUCAAGAUCCCUCUUGAAGAAAGUUCUGAGAGUUCUAACUUUGUUAGCUACGUGCUGGAAAAAGCUGUACAUCAUCUUAAGGAACAUUUUAAAACUUGCCCUGGGCAACCACCAGUCAGGUUUUCUGACUGAGCAUGUCUCUUCCCAAAAGAACGCCUACCCAUCUGGAGACAGCCCACUGCCACCAACCUUAUCCAGACAGUACAGCCCAACACAGGAAGGCCCUCAUUCCCAAAGGGGAUACGGGUGACUUUUUAAAACUAUUAUGUGGGUAGGGUGAGGAAUGUGCUGGGGGAGGCGUACAAUGAAUCCCCAUUGACCUAGGAAAGGGCAACCUAGUAUUGUGAUGGGUUCAAUAGAUGGGAAAUAUCUGCUGUCCUGUAACCCAAUGCAUUUCAGUGUACCGUGGUCAGUGAGCGCUGAUACAAUCCAACAGCAAAACAUGGGCUUUCCAACUAUGAGGCUUGUGAAAUGUUCCCUAAACACACUUCCUUAUUCUGUACUUAGGGAUUUUUGCUUGUUUGUUUGUUUGUUUGCUUCUCUCUCCCCAAUGAACCUAAAUGACAGGUAUUUUGCAAAUUGUCUUUGGGAUUUGGUUCCUGUUGAAUAGGUUUUGUGCCACCUAAAGGCACGCAUUGUUUUUUGCUGAACAGUUUAGUCAGAGCUGCAGUUGAAAGACAUUUAUUUCCUCCUCCCAGAAUGUUUUCCUGUUACAAAAAUGUUAACCUUGAGUUUGAGAGGUGCAUGUUAGCAGAAAGAAUCCAGAAACUUCUAAGACAGCAUAGGGGUAACACUCCCUGCACUCCACCAUGACUGAAAGAACUCCAUCUUAGAGGCCUAUGACUCCUUGCUUUCAAUAAAAUUCUGUAGUUAAAAUUAACCUGACCACAUCGUUAAAGGAAAGAAUAUGACGUAGCAUCUUUCUUAACAUCAUGUUCUGCAAAAUAGUUGUUUUGUCAAUUAAAUGAUAACCGGAAUGUUUAUGCAAGCAUUAUUUACAGGCCCUCUGGGUAUAAAUAUUUUUACUGGCCGUAGAAAAUACCUUGUGACUGCCCCAUGACGAUCCUGGGACAACCGGAAUGGCAAGAAACAGUGUCUAAUCUUUUUCAGACAGAGACCACAUCUUACUCUUUAUAACCCCAGACCUAGCAACAAAUUACUGAGCAUCUACUAUGGGCUCAAUAAACACUGAUUCACAAGACUGCUUGUCGUGUGUACAGUAGGUGUAUUAGCAGGCGUUAAACUCAUUAUCAAAUAGUUCCCACCCACCAGUGUUUGUAUUAUGAACAAUUCACUAAAAUUGACAUUUUUGGUAUUAAAAACUUGAAAACG